UUUCUUUCUAGUAAGAUGGGGUCCACUCAGCUGAAUUCGUUAGGUUCUGGCGCGAAACAAGCUACUAGAGGCCUGUCACGACAAAAUACAUCAUGGGCUUUUGUAAAUGGGCUGGAUUUGGUAAAUGGGCCUAUGGAGGUUUUAAAGGUAUCCAAAUCGCCGUCUCGCUGGGAGGCCGGAGGCAUGAGGGGAGGUGACAAGGAGAGCAGAAACGGAACUCAAGGGAAAGAGCAAGAUGAAGACUACAUGGGGGAUCUCUCUCAGUUUCUUCCUUCAGAAGUGUUGGGUUCUUCUGAAUCUUCUUCCAGAAAGACCUCUGACAAGAAAACCCCAAUGAUCAACCCUUCCAAGAAGCAGUUUAAUUAUCUUAGCUGGCAAGAACGCAGAAAACUUGAGAGACAAAAAAAGCAACAAGAGGAGGAUGAGCAAACAUUAGCGAAAGUGGAAACUCCAAUUCCACAGUCAAACAUUGGAUUUAAGCUGCUCAAACAAAUGGGUUAUACGCCUGGCUCUGCCAUUGGAAAGGUGGGUUCAGGCAGGGCUGAACCUGUUGGAAUUGAUAUUCGACGGUCAAGAGCUGGUAUAGGAUUAGAUGAUCCCCACAAGGAGAAAAGGAAAAGGGAGGAGAUGGAGAUGGAAAGGAAAAAGAGGAAAGAAGAGGCACUGAUGGAAGAAUUUGGGUUUAGGCAAAAGUCACAGUGGCAGAGUAGGAGGGUUAUAAGCAAUUUCAGCAAGGCAAAGGCUGCUCUUGACCAGUUAGAGAACAGGGAAGUUGUAGCAGAGAAGAAUGAAGAGGAGGAGGGUGAUGUUGACGAAGAGGAUGGGGAAGAAAUAACAGAAGAGGAUUUACAGGAUGCUCUGAUGAAACUGAGGGAUGACCAUCAGUAUUGCCUCUUUUGUGGGUGCAAAUAUGAAUCAAGGGAAGCUCUUUUGGCUAACUGCCCUGGGACCAAUGAAGAUGACCACUAAACCAGUAAGUUCAAGAUGCGGACAAGUUCAGGUUUUUUUUCCGCCUGUUGUGUCGAGAGUCUCAAUAUGUGCAAAUGCAAAUUUCAUUGGAGAUGGAUCAACGUGCUUCUGGUGUCUCGACUGAUCAGUCUUUAAGGCCAUUCCUGUGCGUACCGAUGAAAAAGCAGAGCCUCGAGACGGCCAUCAUGUGUGAAGACUAACACUGAAGAAUUGGCCUCACUUGCGACCCCACCACGUCAUGGGACCAUUUUAUGGACAUUGUAGAUUUCCAUAGGUUGGAAUAUACGUCAAGAACAUUGUAUUCCUCAUGGCAUUUGUAUUUUGAGAGCCAUGUUUUGACUUGAACGCCUCCAGUACUUGCAGAGCUUCAUUUCAACCAUUGUAAGGAAUAAAGCCCUUAAAUUGUUACUGUAACCAUUCAACCAAAAUUUGAAUUGCUAGGAUUGGAAAGUGCGACUUUCCUCAUGCAAUAUGUAUGGAGGAAAAUAAUUUGCUUGCAUAAAAUAGAAUUUGUUCACAAUUCUGACUAUUCAAUUACCAAGAAGUUCCCGAGACAUGUCAUAAGGAACUUGUUCAUGUAUAAGAA